GCACACAAUGGCACAGUGUGGGCCUGACUAACCAAUCAGGGAGAAGUGAAGUAGGUCCCUGCAGAAGGGGGUGGGAGAGCUGCUGAAACUAUCUCAGGACACAUAAAGUUAGCGUUGGUGGUUAGAAGAACUCUUCAGUUUACAACUCCUUGUUUCAAGUUUCAUUUUCAGCAUUGUCGUAUAGCUUUGUGUUGAAGUCCUGCAUCCACUGGAGGGCAGAUUAUUUGUGUCAUGGAAGACUUAUUGAGAAUUCGCAAAAAAAGGCUACAAAUACCCAUCUCAAGGUUAAGAAACAUCCUAAAACAGUUGGAGGAAAAAGAUGUUGAGGUUGAAGAAAUUAAGAAGAACCUGGAUGGGACGGCAUCUUUACUGGAGGCCCUGUAUCUCGAUGGAACAAGGCAGUGCCUGGACUCUGAGGAUGAUCUGCAGCAGCUGCAGUCAGAUGGGGUGCCAUCAGAGGUCACUGACUGGCUGGCGUCCACCUUCACUCAGAGGAUCCGCCGACCCCUGCGGCGCGUGGAUGAAAAGCCCAAGUUUCGCAGCAUUGUGCAUGCUGUGCAAGCUGGGAUAUUUGUGGAGAGGAUGUUCAAGAGGGCCUACACAGCAGCCAUGCCAGACCAACCCGCGGCAGUUGUGAACUGCCUCAGGGAUGUUGACCGUUGGAGCUUUGAUGUGUUUGCUCUGAACUCGACCAGCUCGGAUCAUGCGCUGCAGGCUCUGUUCUUUGAGUUGAUCACCAGAUAUGAACUCAACACACGCUUUAAGAUUCCGAUCUCCUGCCUGACAAAGUUCCUGUCUGCACUGGAGCGAGGAUACUGUAAACACAACAACCCUUACCACAACCACAUUCAUGCUGCCGAUGUGACCCAAACACUGCACUGCCUGCUGCUCCGCUCUGGACUUGUGCACUGGUUGACAGAGCUGGAGGUCCUGGCGUCACUUUUCGCUGCAGCCAUUCACGACUUUGAACACACAGGAACCACAAACAACUUUCACAUCCACACAAAGUCCGACUUGGCACUGAUUUACAAUGACCGAUCGGUUCAAGAAAGUCAUCACUUAAGUGCAGCUUUUCGUCUCCUGCAAGAUGAGCAAGUGAACAUAUUUGUUCAUUUGACACGAGAGGAAUGGAUGGAGUUGAGAUCUCUUGUUAUAGACAUGGUGUUGGCAACAGACAUGACAUCUCACCUAGUCCAAGUCAAAGCCAUGAAGUCCUGUCUACAGCAACAGGAACGGAUAGAUAAGCCCAAAGCGCUGUCUCUGUUACUGCACACAGCUGACAUAAGCCAUCCAUCCAAGCCUUGGGCACUGCACUCUCGAUGGACCAAAGCUUUGAUGGAGGAGUUUUUCAGGCAGGGUGAUAGAGAGGCGGCGCUCGACCUUCCCUUCUCUCCACUGUGUGAUCGAAAAACCACCUUGAUAGCAGAGUCCCAGAUCGGUUUCAUCGAUUUCAUCGUCUGCCCCACGUUUUCUCUGCUGACGGAUAUGGCUGAAAAGAUUGUUAUUCCUUUGGUGGAGGAGAACCCAGGACCUCCAGACCCCUGUAACAAACACAGUAAUCUGUGGAAGGAGAGCUCCAGAGGUCUGCAGUGGAGUCUUGCACACAUCACAGCUGAGUUAGUGAGCUUUCGCUCUACUUGGACUCGACACACUGAGGACAACAAGAUCCAAUGGAAAGACAGUACUUCUAAUGGAUUCUCAGAACCCAGUGUUACAAAAGAACAGACAUCCAGGCAAGAAGAGCUGUCAGAAAAAUCCCUGCAGGAGCCCGCUGCAGACACACAGCAGUGAACAGGACUUCUUUUGUAUUGCACUCUUGUUUUGUGCAGCUUCUACAGAUGUUUUAGGUCUGCAGUGACUCUGCUUUUUUUUUUAACAAAACAGCAAAGCAUCUGUUAUCUAGUGACGGAAAAAGGAGUGAGAAAUAUUUUUAUCAAAUAAGACCAUCUUCCCAAGGUAAGGUGUGAUUAAAGAAAUGGCCUCAUGUCUUAAGAGUAGCAUAUUUUAAUAGACGUGCUGGUCAUGUUAGAACAAUUUAGGCAGCCAACAGAACAGAAAAACUGACAUUUUAAUGAGUCCCCACCAAUUAUUUUAUCUUGGAAUAAAAUUGAUUUUUUGGGGCUUUUGUGGUUCAUUUUAAUGUGGGGAGGAAGUACAGUUUAAAAAAGUAUUUUUGUAAACAGACACGGAAUAAAAACCAUCAGAUUACCCAAUCUACAAACUUAAAAUGAAUAUUUAUUACAGAAUAUAAUGUCUUUUAUAGCUUAAGGGCUUUGUUUGCUUUAAAUAUGAACUGUAUGCAAAAAAUGCAAUUAAAUUGCAGCUGCUUAAACCAAGUUGUUACAUGUAAAAAAAAAAUCAUUUUCCAUAAGGCCAACAUUUUUCCAUAAGAUUUAAACUCUAAGUUUCACUUUAUCUGAGACAAAUUUUAGUUUUUGAUCUCUGCUCUACCAGCAGGAGGAGCCAUGGAGCGCAGAUCAAGCUUAAUUUAAAAGGGCAAAAAAAAAAAAAAAAGAAAGAAAAAACUUGUUGUUUUUUAAAUGUUGUUGCAGUUCACAUCUUAAUGUGUGAUGGGAGGAAACAUAGUAAAUAAAAAGUUCCAUGGUUUAUUUAAUGCAGUUGUUUUUGAGUAAAAUCACUUUAUUUUAGGAUAUUUGCACCGGAUUGAGCCCUAUACAUUAUACUGAAAGCCCAUUAAAAAGGUGAAUAAUUCAGUUUUCACUUGAUCAUCUUAAGUUUUUUUUUUUUAAACAUAGACUCAAUUAAAGCAACACAAAUAAAACCAACAAACUGCUGUUUGCUUUCUUGGCUCUGUCACUAAGAUGCUAGAAUUGCCUCUGUAUUUUAAAGGUUUAAUUAGAAAUGUAAGUUUAACAGCAAAAGAAAAAUAAAAUCCCACUUUCUGUCAGGCUAUCCUGUCAAACUGCUGCAUUUCUAGUACAUUUAUUGGCAAUAUACCACCUUGUUAAUAAAAUAUGUAUGUAUUUUUAUGCACGCAGCUCUGACUACUUUAAAUUAUUAAAUGCAGAGUUCCUAUUUUGGGUUAAAACUCAAAGUUGCCUCAGCUAAACUUGUGAUCAGUGGUGCGGUGCUAAGUGUGGACCUGACAUUCCCCUUACAUAUGUUUCCUCUGACAUAACAUAAAGGAGCAUUCUGUUAUUGACAAGCUGUCAGACGAAGAAGAUCUUCGUCUUUUAGAGGAGUAAAUACUGAACACCGCAGUCGCUUUAAAGAUUUUAUUGUAGCAAUCAAAUUUAGAUUACAGCAGUAACAAUCUUUCAAAUUAAUUCAAAGUCAAACAGAAAAAAAUCCCCCAGAAUUAACAUCUGUAAAGAACACUGUUACAGUUAAAAAAUAUAACGUUACAUGAUCGAUCAAGUCCACAGCUGAAGAAAAACCAAAUGUUCUAACAGGAAUGUUGCAGCUGUGAAAUAAACUCUUGUUAAAGUAGCAUCCAAACCAGUUUUUAAACCAUUUGUUCCUUUCAAACGCAUCAACUAUAGUGUUACAGUUAUUCCAGGAUUGUCAUAUAUUUGCCUUCAGAUGAUAUGGAAAAAGCAUGGAUGAAAGGACGACAACUCGAAGAAUUGAUCGAUUCUUGUUAAAAAUUGCUCAAUAAAUAAAAGGUGAAAUUGAAAAACAGAAAA